CGUCUGAGGGGACGAUGCUGUGGACACUGGCCAGGGCGCUGGCUUCUCGGAGACCGGGCCGAGGCCGGGCCGGCGGGAGGGGGCUGUGGACCGGCCGCCCGCAGUCAGGCUCUUGCUAUGGAGCCCUGUCUGGCCUGGAGCUCUCUAUUUUGUAGGCUGGUCUCAUACUUACAGGUAUCUACAUGUACCUGUAAGUAUGCCUGCCUCUUUCGCCUCAGUGUUGGGAUUAAAGAUACUGAUGGUAUGAAGCCACUGGAAGGUGUGAGAAUUCUGGAUCUAACAAGAGUACUGGCUGGACCUUUCACCACGAUGAAUUUAGGCGACCUUGGAGCAGAAGUCAUAAAGGUAGAAAGACCAGGAGCUGGUGAUGACACACGGACUUGGGGACCUCCUUUUGUGAAUACAGAAAGUACCUAUUUUCUUAGUGUUAAUCGAAAUAAAAAAAGUAUAGCUGUUAAUAUCAAGGAUCCAAGAGGCGUGCGAAUCGUUAAAGAGCUUGCAGCCAUCUGUGACGUGUUUGUGGAAAACUAUGUCCCUGGCAAACUUUCUGAGAUGGGCCUAGGGUAUGAAGAUAUAGACAAGAUUGCUCCUCACAUCAUCUACUGUUCCAUCACAGGAUAUGGCCAGACGGGACCCAUUUCUCAGAGGACAGGCUAUGAUGCUAUUGCCUCUGCUAUGUCGGGCCUGAUACAUAUUACAGGGCCCGAGGUGGCAUGUUUGACCCAAGUAGGUGCUAAUUAUCUUAUUGGCCAAAAGGAAGCAAAACGCUGGGGCACAGCUCAUGGUAGCAUUGUUCCUUAUCAGGCUUUUAAAACCAAGGAUGGCUAUCUUGUCAUUGGAGCAGGAAAUAACCAACAGUUUGCUGUUGUCUGCAAGGUCUUGAAUUUGCCAGAGUUGAUUGAUGAUCCCAAGUAUAAAACGAACCAUCUUCGGGUGCAGAAUAGAAAAGAGCUUGUUAAAAUCCUAUCUGCACGGUUUGCAGAAGAAGUAACUGCCAAGUGGCUUUGUCUCUUUGAAGGAAGUGGGAUCCCAUAUGGUCCAAUCAACAGUAUGAAGGAUGUGUUCUCCGAAGCCCAGGUAUUGCACAAUGGCCUCGUUAUGGAGAUGGAUCACCCCACUGCAGGCAAGAUUUCAGUCCCAGGUCCAGCUGUGAGAUACAACAAGUUCAAGAUGUCAGAGGCCAAGCCACCUCCCCUGCUGGGACAGCACACCAAGCACAUUCUGAAAGAGGUCCUCGGAUAUGAUGACAGGGCUAUUGGGGACUUACUCUGCUCUGGUGUGAUAGCACAACAUGAAACCAAGUGACAGAGGAGACCGCAUCAGAAAACUGCCCCUGGCUGGCCCAGACUAUGCUCUGUGCAUGCCUGUCCCUAGUCUUGAUCCCACUGAAAGGUCAAGUAGAAACUGCAGAUUUCCUGCCUGGAAUCUCUGGGGGUAACUUUAGAAUUAAAGUCUAGUGCCCAUUGAAAACCUUACUAUUCUUUUUUUGUUUGUUUGUUUGUUUUCGAGGCAGGGUUUCUCUGUGGUUUUGGAGCCUGUCCUGGAACUAGCUCUUGUAGACCAGGCUGGUCUCGAACUCACAGAGAUCCGCCUGCCUCUGCCUCCCAAGUGCUGGGAUUAAAGGCGUGUGCCACCACCGCCCGGCCUAAACCUUACUAUUCUUUUGACCUUUUGCUCCCCAGAAAAUAAUUUGUUGGUUUGUGGACUUUGAUUAAUUCUAUUGUUUUUAUCCAUAAGAACUGUGACCGUUUGGUAAAGGAAUGUUUUUUCGAUUUGAUUCCUCCCCAAUGUACACGUGUAUGGAAAUAUCACAUUAUAAACUGUAGUUUUGAUUUGUCAAUUGAAAAUAAAACCAAACAUGAAAAAUA